AUGUGGAUCAAAUGUUUAGUAUAUCAGCCAAUAUAUACAAGUACAACUUUUAUAGAUAUGCUUGUACGAAGUAUAAGUAAGAUCCGACCCGGAGUUCAAGUUUAUGUACGACGGAAUAUUCAGGUAAUCCGGAAAAGGCAUCCAAAAUUACCUCCAGAUGCAGAUAUUACCCUCAUCCCAUCCAUUCUACAAUCAGUGGAGAAUGAAGCUAAACUAAGUAAAAUAACAUUUAAAGGUCAUAAAAGGACUCAAGAAGAAGCUUUGGAAUCCAUUCUUCAAAUUCUUGAUGAAAGUGUUCGAGAAACUAAUAGUAAAGUUAUCAACAACGAUCCAAGUACAGUUUUACUUCCUCGUAUACUUCAUACUCCAUCUAAAUUUAAAGAAGCUAUGAAAAGUCGUAAUGUUGAAUACUUAUCAAAAUUUGCGAAUGAUUUUGGUAGAAGUAUUAUUGAAGUGGCAGUUUUACAAGUAUUAAAUUCUGAAGCAGUAUAUUUCAAUUAUCCUGAAAUGCUUGAUAAUUUAGAUGAUGUAAGUAAAUUCAGGAAUACACUAAUUGAUGAAUUGAUUAAAAAGAAAAAUCGUAUAAAACUUAAAGGAGACGCUAUAAAAUUGAAUGGUAAAACUAAGGAACUUAGUUGGUUUCAGAAAAUAGCCAAAUCCUUUGAAGAAGAUAUGAAAUUUACUAUGAAACAAAUUAUCGAAGUUCUUAAAACUGAUAUUAUACCAUCACAAUUAGAUAAUGAAAAUAGAGUUCAAUUUUGGAAUAUACCACCUAUGACUGUUCUGGAUCUUGAAAAAGUUACUGAAAAGGUCUAUUUCAGUGAUUAUACUACUGCAAAGGAAGAUAUAUUUACUCUUAAAUGGGUUAGAUGUGGUCAUGAGAGGUUAUUAUCAGAUAGUACGGCAUUACUUACAUUUUGUGAAAACAAUGAAAGAGUUUUAUGGAGAAGUGUUGAAAUAGCUCAAAUGGCAAAUCGUCUAAAAGUUACUGCUAGUAGUAAACGAUUAGUUAAUUUAAUGCAUUUAUUUGAAUUAGAAGGGAAACUUCAAUUUGAAAUUAUGAUGAAAAGAAUUUUAUUAAAAAUUUAUAAUAUUAAAUUAUCUAAAGAUGGGCAUGUUAAAGAAGAAUAUCAAGAUCCUACUAAAGAAAUUUUAGUAUAUAGGAAAAGACAAUAUUGGCAAGUUAGAGGAUUAGAAGGUAAAGAAAAGAAAAGAAAUAAUGAUAAAGACAAUCAUUAUAAUAUGGAUAACGUUACUCCUAAUAAAUUAUAUGAUAAGAUUGAUGAAGAAUUAUUAUUAAAAAGAUUUAUUGAAAAUGAUGAUUUUCUUAAUAGAUUAAAGAUUUCAGUAGCAUUUAAAUCUAAAUUACAUCAUAGAAUUAAAAAUGGAAGAUAUAUUAUGGCAAUUAAUGCUAGUAGAAAUCAAUAUAAAGGACUUAGUGAUGAAGAAAUUAAGAAGAAAUUAAUUGGAUAUUUCGAUAGAUUUUGGAGAUAUAUAUGUUUAUAUUAUCCUACAGAAGGAUAUGCAUGGAUGCUUCUGUGUCUUUCUGAGGUUAGUAAUACUAGAUAUAGAAGAAAAGUAGAUCCUGAUUUUAACUUUAAGCUCAAUCAAGAUUUGGUUGAAUUAACAGUUUUAGAUUAUAAGAAAAUGAUUGAACAAAUGUUAAAUAUUGGAUUAAAAGAUAUGAAGAGUCGUACUAAGGUUAGAGAGAAUAUGGAUUCUAGUGAACUCCAUAAUUUUAUAUUUGAGAGUAUUGAAAGAAUGAGACAUGGAUUCCCUAAUUAUCCAGGAGAUGCACGUCCUGAGGAUGAAUAA